GAAUGAGGCUCCAACGGUUCGUGGGAAAGCUGUACAGAGGGAAUUGUAUAGGCACCAGUCAUCAGUCUACCUGGCCGCGCACCGAUCCACUGAGACAUUAGUGAAGACAUACUCUCGCCAUCACCAUGAAAAGGCCUUGUGAUGAUAGUACUUCUGACAGCGACAUGGAUGAAACUAUUGAUGUCGGCAGUGAGAAUAAUUAUUCUGGGCACAGCAAUGGAUCGUUUAUUAGAUGUGGCUCCCCAACAACAACAACUCAAGUUAUGGCAAGAAAAAAACGAAGAGGGAUCAUCGAGAAGAGACGGAGGGAUCGAAUCAAUAAUAGUUUAUCAGAGUUACGUCGACUUGUUCCAACUGCAUUUGAAAAACAAGGUUCUGCCAAAUUAGAGAAAGCCGAAAUAUUGCAGAUGACAGUGGAUCACCUAAAGAUGCUGCAGACCACUGGCGGUAAAGGGUAUUUUGAUGCCCAUUCCCUGGCUAUGGACUUCAUGAGCGUGGGCUUCAGGGAGUGUCUGACGGAGGUAGCCAGGUACCUGAGCUCUGUGGAGGGAUUAGACAGCAUUGACCCACUGCGCGUGCGCCUGGUCUCCCACCUCAGCACCUGCGCGUCUCAGAGAGAGGCAGCUGCCAUGACUUCAUCCAUGGCACACCACCAGCAGGUGCUCCCCCCUCACCACUGGACCGCAGCCUUCCACCCGCUCCCCGCCGCCUUCCUCCAACAGAGUGGACUGCCCUCCUCAGACAGCGCCACCAGCAGACUGUCUGUGGAGGUGCCCCAGCGCGGCUCGGCCCUACUAACAGCCACCUUCGCCCACACUGACUCUUCUCAAAGGGCGCCCUCUAAUGGCAGCGUGGCACCCUGCGUCCCCCCACUCUCCACCUCCCUCCUGUCGCUCUCGGCAACCGUUCACGCGGCGGCCGCUGCUGCCGCGGCCCAGACUUUCCCCCUGUCCUUUCCCGGAGGAUUCCCCAUCUUCACACCUCACAGUGUGAGCAGCACAGCGUCUAUGGUAGCUUCAGCUGUGUGCCCCUCCAUUUCCACCACAUCCACUUCACAGCAGAGCAGAGACCGAGAGGGCAGCAGCAAACCAUACAGACCUUGGGGAACAGAAGUGGGAGCCUUUUAAAGUGUUCGACUUUUACAAGGUCUCAGUGUGGCUGGAGGCCAUCCACACCAUACAGAUAAAGGAACAAUAUUGUUUUAUUAACUAUGGCUUUUUUGUGUCCAUGGACUUUUAUUCCACCAGCUUAUUUCAUUUCUGGCUGUGUGCAAAUUCAGAGCACAUGCAUGCAAGCUCUCUCAUGGGAGAGAGAGAGAGAGAGAGAGAGAGAGAGAGAGAGAGAGAGAGAGAGAGAGAGAGAGAGAGAGAGAGAGAGAGAGAGAGAGAGAGAGAGAGGGAGAGAGAGAGAGGAUAAUUAGAUCCACUUAAAAUAUACUAAUGUUUUAUUUUUAUUAAAGAACAGCACUCAAAUUAGACAUCUCUAGACUCCAUUUCCCCCCUCUUCAGUGUCAGUUUGUUUUCAUAAUUGUCUUCACUGUCACUAUUGCUUUAGAGCACGUGUUUCCCCAACAUUGGCUUUUUAAUUCACAUUGUUAAUGAGCAAUAUUUUCAGAAUUUGAGAAAUGGAAACGAAAUCCAGCAGAAGUUUUGUUUUGCUUCGAUCUCAACUCUUGGUGGAAAAUAGUGUGAUUAACAAUCACAAAGCAGUGUCUUUAGUUUGGAGUUGCUCCAAUCAAUCAGAUGAAGGACAUUGGAGGAAGAACCAUUAUUAUUAUUAUUAUUAUUAGAACCACACAGGUUUUGGAUAUAAUAAGUAAACACAUGAAUCAAUGUAGUGUGUAUCUGCUCAAAUCCAUGAACUAACACGUUUGUAAAUAUGUAUGAAUAUUAGAUGAACUGGAAGCUAUAUUGAAGAUGGAGGAGGACAUAUUUGGUAUGAGCACUUCAAUUUGCUGCUGGAAACAUGACAGGAGCUUUUUUUCUUUAGACUGUACAAAAACAACACAUCACAUCCCAGUUCCAACUGGAGUUGAAUGAUACUAGUAUAACUUGUAUUUUUAUAUAACCGUUUCUUUGCAAACAGCCCUCUAUGGAUGUCACUGAUUAAACUUUUCUUUUUGAAUAUUUG